AUGGGCAAGUUCCCUCCAAGAUGCUGCCCAAUGCCAACCCUGAUCCUGACCUACCUCCUACUCCUGUUCUGCCUUUCUGAUCCAAUCGUGGCCAACGGGAGUCCCCAAUGCCAAAACCUGAGGAAGGACAUAACUCCUUGCACUUGCAAGAAACAGGAGAGCAGUCGUUAUGAUAACUACAGGGUGUUCUGCGAAGGAAUGGGAUCCUUCGAGCAGAUUGCGGACAGUUUAAGGGAUAGUUUUUCUCCUGAGGAGACUGUCGAUUUGAGGAUCACCUAUUCCCAGAUGAACGACUUGAGUUUGAGGAGCUUCCAGGAGUUGGGCAUCACUGUGACCAAUUUGAAGUUGAACUAUGAUGAGAUAAGUGAACUAUCAACGUCGACUUUCGAAGGUUUGGGCCGGACCCAGUAUUUGAGUUUGGCAGACAAUGUCCUUUCGGCUGUUCCCAGUUUUAUUUUCCAAAAUAUGCCUCUAUUGAAAACAGUCGAUUUGGGCAGGGCCAGACUCCAGGAAAUCACCCAGGACGAUUUUAAGUAUGCCCAACAACUGCAGCACGUUGUAGUGGUCAACAAUUUGAUUUCGAGGAUGGACAGACACUCUUUGCCUCCAAAAUUAUUACAUUUGCACGUCGGAAGAAACGCUCUGACCACCCUCAACGGAACUCUAAGAAAUUUACAAGAACUAGAAUGGUUGUUCAUCAACGCCAACCAGCUGACGACACUCGACGACGAAAUGCCAUCGAAUGGUAACAAAUUAAUUUUGGUCCAUGCAGCAAAUAACAGAUUGACACAUUUACCCCAGAGUUUCAAAGGUUCUCAACAUUUGGAGUCGUUGUUCUUUCAGCACAAUUUAAUCACCGGUUUCAAUGGAGCUUUGCAGAGGUGCAGAAAAUUGAAGAGAUUACAAUUCAGUCAUAAUAAUAUUAGAGAGUUAUUUGAUGACGAUUUCUUCGAAACCGAAAAUCUGGAGGACCUCCAAUUGGGCUACAACGAGUUGACGUCCUUAAAUGGAAGUCUUUUACCUUUGAAAUUAUUGAGGACUUUAAAUUUAACUCACAAUUUGCUCAAGGAUUUCUCUGUCCAGGAAUUGAGAGGGUUGAGACGAUUAAGAGUCGUCGAUUUGUCUCAUAAUCGAGUUGAAAGGAUCACUGGACGAAUGGAGAAUUUAGUCGAAUCAGAAACCAGAAUUGUAGAACUCCGCCUGGACCACAACCGUCUAACAUCUUUAGACGGUGCUCUGAUGGGCGUCCAGGGAUUAGUAAGACUAAGUGUGGCUCAUAAUCUAAUCGAAAGGAUUUCACCAGGUGAUCUUAUAGGCCUGGAUGUCCUCAGAGUCCUGGACGUCAGUCAUAACAGACUUACUGCCCUUGAAGAAACAGCAAAGGUAAAAUAACCACCUCUCCAGUCUGACCUUUUGCCUGCUUUGGACGAGUUGUUUGCAUCUCAUAAUCGUAUCAGAGCUUUGCAUCAAGAUUUCCAUGGUUUGCCUUCGCUGUGCUGGGCAGAUUUAUCUCACAACGAGAUUGAGAUUUUGUCUCCUGAGCUUGUGAGACAUACGAGGUGCUCGAUACAUGGAGCACCCUUGAAAAUUUAUCUCCAAGAUAAUCCGGUUCUUUGCGAUGACCGCUGGCCAGAAACAAUGACCGCCAUCGAGGGCCAACAGGCUCGAGUCUACGGUUCAACCCAAUGUGUGGGCAUGGCCAUCGUCAACAAUGCCAACUCGCCUUUAUCAAUCGGCGGCCCUGACAUAGUAGACUCCAUAAUUGCUGAAGACGGCACCAUAAUCGGCGGCCAAAACGUCAACGCCCACAAAAUGAACCCUGUAGAAACCCCGAAACCGCUCCCUGCCAAAAUCGAUACCUUUGACGAAAAAUCGACAUCGCUGCAGACCGAUGCCAAGAACGCAAUCGGCGGUUCCAUCCUGCAAGGUUCAGGGUUGAAUUUGAACGAUAACAGGGUGCCGGGGAAUCAGAGUGGCGGUUCAGGGUUGGACAACGGUGUCCAUAAGUUGCAUAUUGAUGCACAGAAGAUCACGAGUGAUCAGACUUUGACGGUUUUGACGCUGAACGAUGAAAAGACGCCGAUAGUGGUGGCACCACCGAUGUUAUUGCAGCCGGCGGUUGAGAAUUUGGCGGUCGAUAAUACAUCGUCGGACGAAAUAUGA